AAGAAUAACAACAUACAGCAUCCAUGCAUACAAGAUCGGCGACCACGGGUUACUAAAUUUUGCGAAAAGAAGAGCACGAAUUCACAGAAAUUAGAAAGAUAUUUCCUAUUUUUUUGCUUGUAACUGCAUUUUAUUAUUUAAAGAACGUAUCGAAGAUGCUGUCACUUUUAAGAAAAGGAGGAGAUCUGUGCAAAAGAUCUAAUUACUUUGUCCGUCUGCAAUGGCACCACUGCGGGCAAGUGCAAAAAAUCAGCAAGGUGCUAAUCGCAAACCGAGGUGAAAUCGCUUGUCGAGUCAUGAGAACUGCAAAGAAAAUGGGAAUACAAUCUGUUGCAGUCUACAGCGACGUCGAUGCAAAUUCCAUGCACGUGGAUAUGGCUGAUGAAGCUGUUAGAAUUGGUACCGCAGCCUCUACAGACAGUUAUUUGAGGCAAGAUAGAAUUAUCGAGGCUGCAAAACGCUGUGGCGCUCAAGCAAUUCACCCUGGCUACGGCUUCUUAUCAGAAAAUGCAGAGUUUGCUGAUCUGUGUCACGAUUCAGGGAUAAUUUUUGUUGGGCCGCCUGCUUCUGCUAUCAGAGACAUGGGCAUUAAAAGCACCUCAAAAAGUAUAAUGUCAGCAGCCGGUGUUCCUGUCAUUGUGGGCUACCACGGAGAUGACCAAUCAGACGCUAAUUUGUUGUCGGAAGCUGAAAAAAUUGGCUUUCCUGUGAUGAUCAAGGCCGUCCGAGGAGGUGGAGGAAAAGGAAUGAGAAUUGCUCAAACCAAAGAAGAUUUCCUGUCUCAACUGGAAUCGGCCAGACGUGAAGCCCAAAAAGCCUUUGGUGACCAAGUCAUGCUGGUGGAAAAAUUUGUAUCUGAGCCACGACAUGUUGAAGUUCAAGUAUUCGGUGAUAUGCAUGGCAACUACGUUUAUUUGUUCGAAAGAGACUGCAGUGUCCAAAGACGACACCAGAAGGUUAUUGAAGAAGCGCCAGCCCCUGGUCUCUCUUGGGAAGAGAGGAAAUCAAUUGGUGAGGCUGCUGUGAAAGCUGCAAGGGCAGUAAAUUAUGUUGGGGCUGGAACAGUCGAAUUCGUCCUGGGUGCCAAAGACCACAAAUUCUAUUUCAUGGAAAUGAAUACCAGGCUGCAAGUGGAACAUCCUGUUUCUGAAAUGAUCACCGGAACUGAUUUGGUCCAAUGGCAGCUGCAGGUGGCAGCUGGAGAGCCACUUCCUGUAACUCAAGAGCAGUUGGAACUGAAAGGUCACGCACUGGAGGCGCGCAUUUAUGCUGAAGAGCCAGGAGCGGAUUUUAUGCCAGGUGCAGGCCCAUUGAUUCGCAUGACCACCCCUCCUGCCAGAUCAGACGUCAGGGUUGAAACAGGUGUCAGGCAGGGCGACGAAGUUUCUGUCCAUUACGACCCCAUGAUUGCAAAGCUCGUUGUAUGGGCUGAAAAUCGCCAGGCUGCCAUUAUCAAACUCAAGGAACAACUCUCUCAAUUCAACGUUGUAGGAUUAAACACCAACAUUGACUUUCUGAUGUCACUUUGCUCACACAAAGAGUUCCUGGCUGGAAAUGUCCACACCAAUUUUAUUCCCGAGCACCAAGCCACACUUUUUCCUGAAAGGAGUCUCUCGCAAUCUCUCAUUGCUCAGGCUACAGUAGCUGCUCUCUUGACAGAACGGGCCCAGCUUGGGUAUCUGAAGAACGAUCCCAACGACCCAUUCUCUGCCACCGACUCAUUCAGACUGAACCACAACCCAACUUGGGAUAGGCAGCUCAGCUACCUGGACAAAACUCUCAAUGUCAAGUGGUCGGAGCGAAGCAAUGGAGUAUUUACUGUGACAAAUGAAGGCCAAGUCACAGAAAUUUCUGCUGUCCUCAUCAAAGCUCCAACUGGCGAAACCUUUUUGAAAUCCUACAUUGACGGGCAAAUGACUAAGUGCAGAGUUGAAAGAGUUGAUGGAGAAAUUUACAUAUUUACAAAAGAGUGCAGCUAUUGCUUCAAAGAACCAGAGCCGAGUUUCGCCAAUGCUGGAAGUGCAGGUCUGGGCGCCGGAGGUGGUGCAUUGGCACCCAUGCCAGGUGUAAUUGAAAAGGUUUUCGUGAAAGAGGGCGACGUUGUUAACGCCGGUGAUCCUCUUGUUGUCAUGAUUGCAAUGAAAAUGGAGCAUGUGAUCCGAGCGCCCAAAGCUGGCACAAUUGAGAAAGUCUUCUUCGCUGCUGGGGACAAUGUCAAGAAGAAUGCUCCUGUUGUAAAAAUGGCCGAGAUUGAAUAGGUAUUCCUGUUUUUAAUGAAUCAAGAGCUCAAAAUUAGUUGAUAUUCAAGAUCAGGGAAUUGCUUUUGAAGCCUCUGAAACGCUUUUAGUGCCAAUCAGCUUAUUACCUUGCCAUAUAUAUUCUUGGUCACUAUUUUUGUAAGACAAGGAGAUCUAUUUUUAUACUAAUCUGUCGUUUGAUAGUAUCAAAUUAAUAUACAAAUUUUAAAAGUUAUUGUUGGAAAUUGAAUGAUGUUAUGUAUGGAAUAAAAUAUUAGAAAUUUAUCUCUUAUUGAAAUAUAACUUUGGGU